UGUGAAUUCCUUUCCGAAGCGUGGUUGUUGAAAAGCUUUGUUUUUAUUUUUCCUCAUAACUAUUAAGCCGAGAGACUGGAAGUCAUUUAUUAAAAAUUAGUUAAACGCUUUUCUCGUGUUCAUUCAUUUAAAUAUACUGAAGUACAACAAUGGUAGUGGUGUCAAGUAAUUUUGCUGAGCCGGCCGAUGGUGUGUUGCUACAGUCUCCAUCAACUAAACUUCUCAUAAAUGAUCAAGAAUUAGGUACAGCUACGUUGUACAUCACUGAAAACAACGUCAUAUGGGGCGGAGGCGUUAGUCCAUCAGGCAAUCCAGCUCCGACCAUCAAUCUACUCUAUCCAAGCAUAUCUCUACAUGCGAUACAACGUGAACCAUCUCCUGCCUUGUACAUGGUUCUUAAUUAUGAGUUACGUUUACCAGAACUCAGUCAGCAAGCAGGUUCCACUGAUGCCGACGACGAUGAUGACUUUGAUGUCGAUGAUCAACCCAUAACACAGCUCAGAUUCAUCCCAGAAAACGAGAACGAAUUACAAGCCAUGUAUUCGGCCAUGUGUCAGGGACAAGAAUUGCAUCCGGAUCCGGCUGAUGAGGUCGAGGAUGAUGACCCAUACAUGGACGGAGAGGAGUUUGAUGAAGGGGAGGAGGAGUUUGAAGAUGCUGAGGAGAGCGCGCCCGACCCCGCCGCCGCGCUGCGACGCAUGAGGCUCGGCCCCCCGCCCGGUAACGGCCACGACGCGGACCUGGCCAACAAGUGAAGACAGGCGCGCGAGCUAGUCGUCCAGUCGACACGAUCUGUAACAAAACUGUUGUUAGAGUUACAUUUUAAUUUUUAAUAAUAAACGCGUAGGUAUUGUAUGUUUGUAAGCGAUGUCUGAAGUACUGAAUAUUUGUUUCUUUAUAAUAAAUAAACUGUGUAAAGCUUUUGCUUUUUUAAUCGAAUUUUAAUAAUCUAUAUAUAUAUAUA